GUGGAAUACUGGGCAACGUUUACCAGGGGUGCCCAAACUUUUUUCAAAGAGGGCCAGAUUUGAUGAAGUGAACAUGCGCAUGAGGGUCAACCUUUUUAUGAUUUUACUCCAAAGUUGUUAAGCUUUUUUAAGGAUUUGAGAACCAAUACAUAAACUGCCCGGAUUAGGCCCCCAAAUGGACUUUGGACAUGUCUGGUUUAGCCUAAAGCGGAAUGCUUUUCACCAAAGCUUUCAACAGUUCCAAAAAGUUGUUCCAUCACGUCAUUUAGCGCAGAAGCAGCUGAAGAUGGGAGCAAGUGUGUUCAGUCAUCCAGGAUGAAAACAGAAAGCACACUGGGGAGCCAGUGUGGUGUAGUGGUUAAGAGCGGUAGUCUCGUAAUCUGGGGAACCGGGUUCGCGUCUCCGAUCCUCCACAUGCAGCUGCUGGGUGACCUUGAGCCAGUCACACUUCUUUGAAGUCUCUCAGCCCCACUCACCUCACAGAGUGUCUGUUGUGGGGGAGGAAGGGAAAGGAGAAUGUUAGCCGCUUUGAGACUCCUUAAAGGGAGUGAAAGGCGGGAUAUCAAAUCCAAACUCUUCUCAUCUUCUUCUCACUCUGAAUUGGUUUCAUGACAUCUUCAUAUAGCCGAAUCUGAUAUGUGAUGAUAUUGUGACAUCAUCAUACUGGCCAUGUGAACCUCAUGGUUAUCUUCCAGUUCAGAUCAUCCUCCUUGGGCUGUUUUUUUAAUUUGCGAGGAGAAAUGGGUUGGACGGAAAUGGGUUGGGGGAAAGGAAAGAAUCACAGAAUGCUGCACAAGAUGUAGCUUGAGUGCGAGUCACAAUGCCCUGCAAUUGAUGACACAUGAAAAUUCCGAAACGCUAAGCUCUGUCAAAGUGCUCAUAGAGAAGUACCUAGAUCAAAACCGUGAGUUCACUGAAUUGAGACAGCAAAGUAGCUUUUCUAGCAAUGCUCAGUUUUAUCAUAUUUCCACAGUCUCGGCUUUGGUUUCUUCUCAUUUCUAAGCUAUGAGAAAAGAAUUGUUUUUAAGUGAACGUUUUUACACUUCGCUACAAUUAUGAGCCACAAUGUGGUAUGAAAUGAGCGUGCAUAUCGCAGGGUUUUUAAUGACAGUAUUUCCUAUAGUUAAACAUAAGGAUAACUAGCUAAACUGACUUCAAAAUAUAAUUUUGUUUUUGAAUGCUGUUUUCCUAGUCACUGCUGUUCUAACUAUGACAUUAAAGCAACAAACGCUUUAUCUACCAAAAACAAACGUUGCAUUCCCUUCACCAAGUGGCAACUCCGCUUGUAAUAAAAUUAAGUGGAACUCCAAUGAAAAGGUUUUCAGCUGUGUGCAAAGAAGAAACAUAGAAUGCGGACUACCCGCGCCACAUGCUUUUAACCCAGGUUUUUAUUCUCGGAGAAAACAAUACAGUAAAGCUCAUAUUGAAGAGGAUCUGUACUGUUCUGGUAAUACUAUCAUGUAAGUUUCCAUAUACUGAAAAGGCUUUAAUGUGUGGGUCUUUAGAACUAAAAUAUGGUAGAGUGUUUCUGUGGCAGUAUUUCCUGAAUUGAACAAAGGAAACAAAACAGCAACAACACUUUUUUUGGCCAUGCUUAAGGCUAAGCUGCGCCUGCUGCAGUAGAUCUUUUGACUGGCUCUUCCAGUUUUCUUUCCGACUCCAAUCCUACGUAAACUAACCUGGAAGUAAGCCCCUACUGACCUCAGUAUCACUUAGUUCUGUUAACGCCUCCCCACAAUCUGCUGCUAUUUAUCCUCGGGGUCAAGAGAAAGUGUUCAUCUCCUUCCAUGCACCUGGGCCUCAACUGUAUUUGCAUCAAACACACCCAUCUCUUUCCAUGCACCUCAGCCUCAUCUGUAUUUGCAUCAACUGCAUUUGCAUUUGCUAGACCGCUAUCAAACUUUUGCAUGGGAUCCGAGUGCGGGUUUGCAGCCGCCAAGUCGCUCGGUCCUAACUUCUUGGCGACUCAAGCGCGUGCCCUCUUCUGCAUGCAGGCAAGAAACUGCUAAUGUAAAACAGAAGGCGGGCAAAAGCUGCUUUAAAAACACACACAACACGAAUGCAACCAUCCCGCCUUACCCGAUGUAGAUUUUUCCACCCCCGCCCCACCCCCCCAGGGGAAAGAUGCUUUCCUCUGACAAUUUAGGCUGAAGGAAACGACCAUUUCCCUUUGCAAAUAACUGCGGCCUGCGCGCACAGAGAAAGCGAGGGAAAGAGAGGCGGAAGGCAGGGAAUGCAGCCUGGCUCUUCUGGACGUCCUUGCAUCCCCGCAGCUGAGUUUGCAGAAACUGCAGUCCAAACAAACGCGAAGGGUGGCGACGCCGAGAUGCCCGAAAUGCAAAAGGGGCCGGUGAAGAGAAGGAGGGGCAGGAGAGGAUAACUCGCGGGGCUGAAGGAGACCUCCCCCCCACCAAAAAAAAUGCAACGCUGGAUAUGAGGCGGCGUGAGGUUGGCUGCUGCCCGGAAUAGGGCCAGGAAGGCGCCGCCUCGCGCCUGAGGAGGAAGGACCCCCCCCCCGGCCCGUUCCCAUGGCGACUGCUUUCCUGUAACGCGCGCCGGGGCCCGAAGGAGGAGCGCGAAGGCCUUGCUUGGCUUCGAGGCCAUGCACCACCCUAUGGAGGCUGGUGGGGGAGAGCCCGCUUCUUCUUCUCCUGCUGCUGCUGCCUCGGAGACGAGCGGGAGUUUCGGGGGCUUGCCUGGGUAUGGGGGGAGAAGAGCCUCGGGACCAAAAAGAUGGCGGGGACAGGGAGGCCCCGACGCCAAGGAAGCGGCGCGCCACUUGCCUCCCCAAGGGGAGAUGCCGCGGCCUCAAGUUCGCGCUUAAAACACUCGCCUUUCUUGCUCUCCUCUCCUCCCUUAGCCAGUAGGUCCUGCAGGAGGGCAAGGGAGCCUGCUUUUCCCAGCUCCAAUUCUAUACCCUCCAAUAUUUCUCCCAUGAAAAUAGAAAUGUCCCCUCCAACAUGUCUCCAAUGAAAACAGGGACGUCCUAUUCCAUACCCUCUAAUAUUUCUUCAGUGAAAAUAGGGAAGCCUUAUUCCAUACCCUCCAACAUUUCUCCUGUGAAAAUAGAGACAUUCCCUCCAACAUUUCAACAAUGAAAAUAGGGGCAUGAUAUCCUCCAACGUUUCUCUAGUGAAAAUAGGGAUGUCCUAUACCCUCCAAUAUUUCUCCGACGAAAAUAGGGACAUCCAAAGGAAAAGUGGGACAUUCCCGGCUCAAAUCAGAAAUGGGGAUGGCUUCUGUAAAUCUGGGACUGUCCCUGGAAAAUAGGGACACUUGGAAAAGGUCUGCAUUCUCCCUCCAGAUUGGAAUGGGGUUCAAAAAACCCCAUCUCUGGACGUUUCUCCCCCCCUCAAGUGAGGGUUAAAAACAGUUUGGCAUUCCCCAGGUCGCUUGGUUUUCAUUUUGUUCUUGCCCAUGGUGGGAACUGUGGCUAAUCCCGUCUCCCUGCCAUGUGUAUAAAUGUGACAGGAGACAUGGGGAACAUACAUUUGUUGCAAAGGGAUUAAGUGAUGGAAAGAAAGGAAAGAAAAUUGCAUUGAUUAGGGUGCAUGUCUGAUGCAAAAUUGCCUUCCACCCACUUUCCGCCUUGUUAGAAAUGUGGCUGCAUGGGUAACAAAUAGCAAGGCGCAGCCAAAGCAUUACGAAUGGCAAUGUGCAUUGCUGUUUAGCACUUCAUUUCUCAUUUCCCCUUUCAUUCUUUUCCCAGCCUAAGUAAUACCUGCAAAUUAAUGAGCCCCUGUUGUUUCCCCGGGACUCUAGUGCUUCACACUUCUUUUUUUCCUGAUUAAGGCAAUGUAUAAAAGGUAAAGGGAUCCCUGAACAUUAGGUCGAGUCGUGGCCGACUCUGGGGUUGCGGCGCUCAUCUCGCUUUAUUGGCCAAGGGAGCCGGUGUACAGCUUCCAGGUCAUGUGGCCAGCAUGACUAAGCCGCUUCUGGCGAACCAGAGCAGCGCACGGAAACGCCAUUUACCUUCCCGCUGGAGUGAUACCUAUUUAUCUACUUGCACUUUGACGUGCUUUCUAACUGCUAGGUUGGCAGAAGCAGGGACCGAGCAACGGGAGCUCGCCCCGUCACGGGGAUUCGAACUGCUGACCUUCUGAUCAGCAAGUCCUAGGCUCUGUGGUUUAACCCACAGCGCCACCCGCAUCCCAUAAAGCAAUGUAUACACCCCAGUUUAUUCUGCAACCAAUGUGCUCCCAAUGCAGUUUUGGGAAGUGGUGUAUGCACAGGUGUUCGCCACCAUAUAUAUCCUAUUGUUUCUUGUGAAGUACUGCAUUCUGAUACAUUCUCUCUCAAACCAGCUUUAAUCUGAAUCGAGAAAAAAACAAUUUAGCUGCACUUUAAGCCAGUAAUGAGUACACAGCCUCAGUCCCUUUUCCCACCGUUCAUAUACAGCAUCUCUUUUCCUGAUUUUGCCUAACAUAUCUGCUUCUUCUGAUUUUUAUUCCUAUUGCACACUUCAUGUCUUUUUCCUUCUGCUCUUCUUAUCAAAUCACUCCGGAUCUAGGUCCUUCUAGACAACCUAUUUGCGUUGAUGUCAUAAGAUCAAAGCACCUCUUUCCAAAUAAAAGAAUAUUGUUUUUUCUAGUCCCUCAGACAAUGGGAAUGUCAUUGUGCAUGUGUCACCUAUUGGAUAGUGCCUAUGAAACUGCUAGGAGUCACAACAAAAGUCAUCCUGCUCUGUCAAUAUGCUUUGGCUUUGUUAAAUAAAUGCUAAUUUUUCUUUUCUUUUAUUGCUUUAUUAAUUUCAGUUCCUUAAUGUAUGCAUUCACGGUGCCCCAUGAGAGUCACUGCUCAGCCCAUGUUUUACUUUUCUUUUUUAUUAGUAAACACUGUGAGCCAGACCUUGCCUCUCCCCAAAGGAAUGCUCCUAUUUUUCAAACUUUUUUUUUUAAAAACACACCAAUGUAAUCAUUUGGAGAAGGACUCUCUCCUCUGCUGUCCUGAAUCAGCACUUUGAUUUGUUAAAAAAGAAAAGAAGUAAUGACUUUCACCUGUUACUGUGUUAGCUGGAGUUGGAACAAUCCUUACUCUAAGAGCGUGGGGUGGGGAGCAGGAUCCUAUAUGACCUUUCACCCCUCCUUACUCUGUCAUCUGCUGUCACCGACUGCUCCUUUGUAGUAUAUCCUUCUGCCAUUCCCAGUUUUCUUAUACCCAUAAGCCUACCCAGAUGAAUAUUAGCUUGUUUCCUGGUGGACAGUUCACAACUAUACCACAAGCAUGGAUGUUUCUUCUUUCCAUGACACUGUAACACCAUGGUGAUCUUUUUUAUUUUGACUUUGGCAAUCCUAACCCUAGCACAGAAUAUAACUUGGUUGUGCCUUUUGUCACCAUGCUUUGUCAUUAGGGAGAUCCUCUUUCCUGCCUAGCCCAUCUUGAUUUCUUUAUCUUUUUGUUUCAUUCCUAAUCUGCAUCUAGGUUGGUCAGGGGAAGUAAGAACAACAAGUCUGCUAGCUUAGUGGGAAAAGAAGACUUUAUACCUGGCAUUUAUGGGAACAGCACCUUCUCUCGCCAGGUACACUAAACUUUUAGUCACAGAGACAGCUUUAAAACUAUGUUUCUUCUGCACAUCCAGUCUUGUGACCAAGUAGGUAUGAAUUUGUCACAUUAAUAAUAUAAUACAUUCUUAUCCCUAUAUUUAAGGUGAGUAGUUCAGUUCAGUUACAAGGAAAAGCCAUACAAAUGUGGAAUAAAAACAACAAAAGCCUGUCUUUUGAUAGGUUCCAAGGAUAUGCACAAGUUAACAAAAAAUGGGA